CGCGGCGCGGGCCCGGGGUUAGCCAUGAGUGGCGGCGUGUAUGGGGGAGAUGAAGUUGGGGCUCUUGUUUUUGACAUUGGCUCGUAUACGGUGAGAGCAGGCUAUGCAGGCGAGGACUGUCCAAAGGUUGAUUUUCCAACAGCCAUUGGUGUGGUGCUAGAAAGGGACAAUGGCAGCACUCUGAUGGAGAUAGAUGGUGACAAAGGCAAACAAGGGGGCCCAACUUACUAUAUAGACACCAAUGCCCUGAGAGUUCCAAGGGAAAAUAUGGAGGCCAUUUCACCUUUAAAAAAUGGAAUGAUUGAAGACUGGGAUAGCUUCCAGGCAAUUUUGGAUCACACUUACAAGAUGCAUAUUAAAUCUGAAGCAAGUUUGCAUCCUGUCCUUAUGUCUGAAGCACCAUGGAAUACUAGAGCAAAACGUGAAAAACUGACUGAAUUGAUGUUUGAACACUACAACAUCCCUGCUUUUUUCUUGUGUAAAACCGCUGUUCUAACAGCUUUUGCUAAUGGGAGAUCUACAGGUCUCAUUUUGGAUAGCGGAGCAACACACACCACUGCUAUUCCAGUGCAUGAUGGAUAUGUACUUCAGCAAGGUAUUGUAAAAUCACCACUUGCAGGAGACUUUAUUACUAUGCAGUGCCGGGAAUUGUUUCAAGAAAUGAACAUAGAGAUAAUUCCUCCAUAUAUGAUUGCUUCAAAGGAGGCAGUUCGUGAGGGGUCACCAGCAAAUUGGAAGAGAAAAGAGAAGUUACCCCAGGUCACUAGGUCCUGGCACAAUUACAUGUGUAAUUGUGUCAUUCAGGACUUCCAAGCUUCUGUCCUCCAAGUAUCAGAUUCAACCUAUGAUGAACAGGUAGCAGCACAGAUGCCAACAGUUCAUUACGAGUUCCCCAAUGGCUAUAACUGUGACUUUGGUGCUGAGCGUCUAAAAAUUCCUGAGGGGCUGUUUGACCCUUCUAAUGUGAAGGGUUUAUCUGGUAACACGAUGUUGGGUGUGAGCCACGUUGUCACAACAAGCGUUGGAAUGUGUGAUAUAGACAUCAGGCCGGGCCUCUAUGGCAGUGUGAUUGUAGCAGGAGGAAACACUCUAAUACAGAGUUUCACAGACAGAUUGAACAGAGAACUGUCUCAGAAGACUCCACCGAGCAUGCGCCUCAAGUUGAUAGCAAACAACACAACAGUGGAGCGGAGGUUCAGCUCAUGGAUUGGUGGUUCUAUUUUGGCUUCUUUGGGUACUUUUCAACAAAUGUGGAUUUCUAAACAAGAAUAUGAAGAAGGAGGAAAACAGUGUGUAGAAAGAAAAUGUCCUUAAACGUCUUACUGUGAAAACUGCUGCCUGCUCAGUGCUCCUUCUGUUUUAUAGCUUUAGCAUACUCAGGAAUGGGAUGGACUCUUUUUUGUAGAAAGUUUUAUAUUGGAUUUUUUGCAUAAUUCAAGUUCCAUUUUAACAAACCUUAGAAAUUUUGAGAGACCUAAUUGGUACUGUCAUAGAAAAAGGAUGUUUACAUCCCUUGUAAAGCAAUAAUUCAUGUAACAAGCAUUUUAUAAUUUUGUAUAAAUGUCUAUUUUCUCUAGUAUCUUUUCCUGGGAACAGCUUUACAGGUUACCUAAUAGAUGGAGGCAUAACCUUGCCAAUGCCCGUGCAAAUUUAUUAAAAAUCUCUUGUCUACUUUCACAUAUUAGUCUUCCUUGCUGGUACUUUGGCCUUAUAUUGCUCUUAUUUCUCUCUUAAAAAAUAAAAUUUGGUCUUUUAUAUUUG